AUGCCAUUUCUGUCCUAUCCAGCUGCGCUACAGCUUAAAAAGGAACUCGGGGAACAAAUGCCCGAUGACUAUCUCCAGAGUAUAAGCCAUUGGAGCGAUACAUGUGCAAAAGGUGCUGGGGCUGUCGUAAAGGUCACCUCGGCACAAGAAGUGUCGAUGGUUAUCGCAUUUGCUACAAAGCAGUACAUCCCAUUUGUGGUCUACUCUGGAGGGUUUAAUACUAGCGGAGCAUCGUCGACAUAUGGAGGAAUUGUGAUCAGUUUGGAGAACAUGCAUUCUGUGGCCGUUAACCCGAAGUCGAAUACUGUCACAGUUCAAGGUGGCGCGAGAUGGGUGGAUGUUGAUAAAGCGGCUGCGGAACAUGGCCUCGCUGUUGUAGGUGCAACGGCCAACCAUCUGAGCGUUGGCGGCACGACGUUGGGAGGUGGACUUGGCUGGCUUACAGGGAGUCACGGUCUAAUUAUCGACAAUUUACUCAGUGUCAAGAUGGUGCUCGCAAAUACGCACAUAGUGACGGCAUCAAUAUCCGAAAACCCCGACCUUUUUUGGGCAGUCCGAGGCGCUGGUCAGGAUUUCGGAGUUGCGACAGAAUUCACGUUCAAAGCAUAUCCACAGAGAGAUUCGGUCUUUGCAGGGCUUUUAUUCUUCAAACAAAAUGUGCUGGAAAAGAUAGUGGAAUUUGCGAACAAGCUGGAUAAAACAAGGAAUGGGAAUCAGGGCAUGUUCUUUGGAUUUACCGACUACAUGCAAGAAACGGCUAUUGUAGCCAUCCUUUUCUACAACGGAAUCCAGGAGGAGGCCGAAAAAUUCUUCGAACCGAUACUUUCAUUAAGCCCAGUACGCAAUAACACCAAGAUGAUGCCCUAUUUCGAAGCGAAUGGUGUCGUCAAUGUUGCUGCUCGCGCUACUGGCCGGAAGCGCAUAAGCGGCACAAGCAUCAAGCCUCCUCUCGAUAUCGAUUUGAUUCGCGAGAUAUACCGUGAAUUUGACAUGGUGAUGGCCAAUUAUCCUGUCGGCAAUUCUAUGAUGAUUUUUGAAAUUGUCCCCUAUGAUGAGGUUGUAAAAGUUCCCAACGAUGCAACUGCAUAUGCCAACAGAGGGCGGUACUACAAUGUGGCGUCGAUAUUCUGCUGGGAGGGUGAGCAAUUGGAUGGGCGAAUGAAAACCUUACAACAUUUCAUGAUGAACAAAAUUCGACAACACUCUUUCCAUUAUAAUGAUGACGGUGUUGGUGUUUAUGCCAAUUAUGCAGGGUACGAGACCAACGCGAAGGAGCUUUUCGGCGAUAAUCUACCCCGAUUGCAGGAGCUCAAAAAGAAAUAUGACCCCAACAAUGUGUUUCGAAAAUGGCAUGAUCUUCUUGUGGAAACUGGGUCAGUAGGAUGA